GUAGCACGCGCUCUUUUUAUAUUUAGAUUUGCCGCCCGAAACGAUCGCGACGCCGGGAAAUGUUAAAUUAUUGCGAGACAUCAUUCUAUAAUAGUCGGUCGGGACGUGUGCGCGUGUGUCUUUAUAUAAUUUGUUGUGUUUAGUGAGCGUCGCGAAGGCACGCGUUCGCGAGUGAUGACCAGUUAAGGGCGCGGGCGGGCCUGCGGCGAGAUGGGGAACUCUUGCAGUUCGGGCCAGGCUCACAAGGACAAGGAUAAUAUCUCGCAGCAUUCCGAGGAGUACACGUUGACGACAAAAGAGAAUGACAGAUCGAAUUGCUGCUCGCGGAGAUCGCCCUCGUAUCGCGUGACGAAGCCGUCUGUGGACGCGACCGCCGAGCCGCCUCCCCAGCCGGAGCAGCAUCUGUUGGAGCCCACGCCCUCGGUCCGAGACACGAAGCCGCAGUUCAAAGGACCGCGUCCGACAGGAUGCAGUGUUUCAGAUUCUAUAUCGCUAUCUUCGCCGGUGGCAUGCGCGUCCCCAAAAGAGGACGUGGAAGGUCCACCGAUGCCGGCCAAUGUCGCCACUCUGCCCGAAGAACACAGGUCCUGCCUCAUGGGGAGAGUGGCUGGACAGCGACCCCGGAGGCGACGGGCAAUGCUCAUCUACGUGUGCGCUGCUGACUCCCAAGAUUGCUGUGCGGAGAAGGGCGCUCUGCAGUGCGGCGCCGCUGCCAGACUCCGCGUGAGGGCCCGCAAGAGAGGAUGGAGAGUCCACGUGGCAGAUCUCCACUGGCGCUCCCCUCUGGAACAGCAGAGGGACCAUCGGUUCCCGGUCCUGUGCAUAACUGAACUUACGCGUCAAUCAGAGUUAGGCGCCGUGGUUCCCGUGUUGUUCCUCAACUCGGGGUUGGGCACACCGCUGCUGCCCCACACGCUGGAGUGCGCAGACUUCAAGGCGGCCCUGGAGGCAGCUGAAGACGAAAACGACAAAGCACUGCUGAACAAAUGGUAUACGCUGGACUGCAGCACCACGCCGCCGUGCUACCGCCUGGUACGAGGGGCUCCGGCGCGCUGGAGGCGGGAGAUGGCGCGGACCCUCAACGUCCUCGUCCGGACCUUACCUCAAGAAGCGUGCGACGCCUACUUAACCACCGUGGUUGAACAGGAGGUGCAGCACACAGUGGUGAUGAGUGUGGAGGCGGCGCGGCGAUGCGUGUGGGUGUGCCGGGCGGGGGGUGCGGGCGGAGGCGGGGUGGGGGCAGGGGCGGGGGGCGAGCCCGACGACGCCGCGCAGAUCCACGAGCUGCAGCGCAGACUCGCCAACUUGCAGAAAGAGUUAAAGGUCCAUCUAAGCGAGCGUAACAUCAUCCGAGCGAGCGUUCGCGGCCGUUCGGCGGCGAGCGGCGACGACGAGUACGCGGAGGGCGUGCGCGCGGCUCUCGUGGAGCGGCUGGAGGCGCUACUGGACGCGCUGGUCUCCGAGCACGACGCGCCCCCGGGAUACAACGGGAUACCCACCAGCUUGUUAGACGAAAUCAAUGAACACCUUAUAUUCUGUCAGAAGUCGGCGCAAUGUACUUCAAAUAGGGAGAUCACGCUGAACGAACUUAAAACAUAUAUAACGGGAGACAGCAACGUGCCUCUGGCGCUGAUAGGCGGCGCCGGCUGCGGUAAAGCGACCCUGGUGGCCCGCGCCGUCACUAUGGCGCCGACCUGCCAACAAGACCUCGCUGUUAUCAUAAGAUUUGUGGGUCUGACGUCCCAGUCCAGCAGCUCUCAUCAGCUCCUCAAGUCCAUAGUCGACCAGUGCCAUGUCCUCAACACGGGCACGGUGUACAGAGGACGCAAUGACGUGGCCUCGUUGUCCACUCUCCUCCCGACCCUGCUGACGUCGCUGGGUCGGAGACGGCCGGUCCUGCUGGCCAUUGUAGGGGCGGAUGCCCUGAGGGCCGCCCGGUGGCUGCCCGAACGAUUGCCUGAUAACGUUAAGAUGAUCGUCACUGUUACCGAAGAAAAAGAUGAACCGUCGAGUUCAGCGAUCAUGGCUGUUCUGUCAUCGGAGGACGGGCCCAAGGUGCUGAGGGCGCCGCCGGUGGGGGCCGAGGAAGCGAAAGCGGUGCUGACCGCGUGCGCCGCCACGUACAGCAAGACCGGGGCCGCCUCGCCGCCGGAGGCCGCCGUCAAGGCUGUGCAAAAAUGCACCUUACCUCUAUACGCGAAGAUCCUGGCUUGGCAGAUAUCCUUAUCGGCGGAAACGUUUACGGAACAAGAACCGGACGCGACUCCCGAGCUGGUCAUCUGCGAGGACCUGGAGGGACAGCUGGUGCAGAUACUGGUGGCGACUGAGGCGGCGCUGGGUGCGGAGCGAGUGAAGAACUGCCUCGCCCUGUUGACGGCCUCCAGGCGGGGCUUGGACGACACCGAGAUCUUGGACAUGUUGGCGCAUGACGAAUUGUUCAGAAGCCAUGAAACUUAUUUGCCGUGGGCGCCGGCGUCCCUGUUCUGGCCGCAGCUGGCGGCGCUGCUGGCGCCGUGGGUGCGGUGGGACGCGCGGGGGGCGGCGCGCUGGCGGGACGCCGCGCUGGCCGGCGCCGCCCGGGACCGCUACCUGGCCGACGCCGAACACGACGUCAGGAGGACCCUCGUCGAGUACUACGAGGGCGUGUGGUACUCCGAAAACGACCCGAAGAUGGCGGGGCGGCUCGUCUCCCAGGAGAACAAAUUUUCAGAUGAAUGCUACAACACAAGAAAACUGGACGAGCUUCCGUUCCAGCACUACCACCUGUACCGCGAGGCGCCGGAAGUGUUCGCCGAGCAGCCUUACUUCACCCAGCUGGACUGGAUCCGCGACAAGGUCGCCGCCGCCGACUGCGCCCACUUCCUCGAGGACCUCGCGCUGGUCCACAUCGAGCCACUACCAGAACAUAUCGAGAUAUUAAAAGACCUGUUCGAGACCCACUGCUACGCUCUCGAUUACGACCAUAGACAAUUUUACAGUUUACUCCGAGUGACCAUAGAGAAGAGACGAAGGGAAGGCGUGGAGAUUAAAUCGAAAAUUGUCGAGAACUGGUUGGCGGAGAUAUACGAUCCGCCGAUACCUAGUUUUUACCCGAUGAACGAGGAUUACUGGAGGGUUGAAGGAAAAAAGAGGGAAAUGUCUAUGGUCGAAGGGUUCGAUAGCAAAACCUUUGAUUUGAUCGUGAGGUUUGACUGCAGGGGGAAGUACGUGGCCACCGUCUCCACAGAGCGAGAGGAGAUCUGCGUUUGGGAUGUAUCGAAAUGUCAACUGGUGAGGAAAAUAGUGGGCGUGACGCACCCCAUCAAUUUGGUGCCCAUUGAUGAGUACAGAUGCGUAGUGCUGUGUCGACGGGAGCUCAGAGUGUAUAACCUCGACCAGGGCACUUUCUUGGUGGCGUUGAAGGGUGUAAUGAACCAGAAGAUGCCCUACUACGGUCUCCACGACAGCACCCACCUCGUGGCCCUCUCCCGGAACCGGAUGUACGUGAACCUAAUGAACAUCGAGACAGGUGAUUGCGUAACGACGUUCAAGGCUGGCGAGGACAGGUUCCUGAACUCGUUACUCGUGUCCGGGGACGGAAGGGUGCUGGUCUGCGGAGACGAGACCCAGAAGCCGUUCCCGCUGCUGGUCUGGUCGCUCACGUCAAGGAAGCUGCUUUACGACCUUCGUAUCCCGCAUCACGACUUCGUCACGUCCAAAGCUGCUAUUACUUACGAAGGGUCCUACGUGUGCGUCGUGUCUCGUGAGCUGGACGAGCCCAGCCCGAACUUCAUAGUGGUGUACGACCUGCAGUCCGGCACGCUGUUCAAGAAGUGGAAGCCGGGCUGCGACACCGUGGCGCUGGCCAUCAGCUCAGCCGACGGCUGCGUCGUCUCCGGCCUGGCCGACACCAGGAUACUCGUUUGGGAUUUAGUGACAGGCAACUGCCGCGUGACUCUCCGCGGACACGUGUCGGCUCCGUCCCGGCUGCGGCUGGCGCGCGCGGGCGGCGUGCUGCUGUCCCAGGACGACACCUGCCGCGACCUGUCCGUGCGGCUGUGGGACCUGCACACGGGCAAGCUGAUAGCGGUGUACACGCCCCCCGAGAGGAUAACGUCCUGCGAGGUUCUCCUCGGGGGCUCGGUGCUCGCCGUGGCGCUGGAGAACUGCCGCGACAUCCUCUGCGUUCAACUGCACGGGCCCCCGGGCGACGCGGUGGCGGCUGGCCGGGACCUCGAGCACGACGACGAACCCUACGGGGACCCCGCGCUGCAAGGGAGGACCCUCGACGUGAAGGCCGCUGAAACGUCAUAGCAGGGCAGGCGGUUCAGCCUGUGGGGGAAAACUUGAAACUCCCCCCCAACCCCCCUCCCGGCUUGCGGUGACGUCUGGCGUUCCAGAAGCCAACUGCAGAUUUAAGAACAAGCCAGAAGUACCAUUUGUCGUAUGCAAAUCUGUCUUAUGUAUUUUAUGAGAAACGUUAACUAUACUGAGACUUUAGAACUUAUAUCUCAAGGUGGGUGGCGCGUUUACGUUGUAGAUGUCUAUGGGCGCUCCAGUAACCACUUAACGCCAGGUGGGCUGUGAGCUCGUCCACCCAUCUAAACUAUUUACGUUACUCGCAGCUAGUAAUGCGAACAGCCAUACAUCAAGGCAAGCAUUUGGAAUCAACAAUAAAAUAAAAUAAAAUAAAAACAAUCGAUUUGACUGUGGCUUGUCGCCCAUUGGAAAUGACGAAAUAAAUAAAGAUUGAAAAAAAAAUUGGAAAGAAAAGAAGAAAAAAAAAACAUUAAUGUUUUGAUCUAAUACGCUUAUUACAUUUUUAAAAAUAUUAAUAUUAAUAAUGAUAAUGAUGAUGAUGAUGAUGAUGAAUAUUGUAUUUAGUGAAUUCCCUAUCCGUGAUGUUGAUGUUAGAGAACAUUCUUGUGGUGAAUUUUAGAUUGUAAGAUUAAUUUGACAUUUUUUCAUUUGCUUUCGUCUUUCGUUUUCUUUGUAAAAUUGUCGUCUCUGCCGCGACGGUUUUUGUAUUUUGGCAACAAAUGUCACAUCCCCUACUACUAUGGAGGGUAGAGGUAAGGAGUAAAGAUGAGGCGUAUUCACGCUACUAGGUUUUAAAACCAGGUUUUCACUUCGAAGUUUGGUGCCCUGGUACAAGCAAAAAAUACUUACAAGCAUGAAAGUGUAUGUUCUGAGGUCGGAAGCUCAAAAAACUUGAACACUCACACGAAAAUACUGCAUAGGAAAAUGAUUCAUAUCUAAUUAGGAAUAAAAAACACAAUCGGAUUCGUGAAUAAAAAAAUACUUUGAAUUUAAACUU